CUGUCUGUCCCUCACCCUCAGCAACCCUGCAGGCAAGAAACUCUUCUCCAUCUAAAGACUGAGUAUAAUGUUGAUUUUUGAGAGUUUGCACUUUCUCAGAGUCGAGAGGUUCCACAGCGACUGACUGACCCACCCACCAGCACCACCAGCACCAACCCUAGGGCGUUUUUGUCCUGAGAGCUGGGAGCGGACGGGCAGAGACGGAAGCGAAAAGCCAGGGCUUACAGAGGAGGAGGACAAAAGGAUAGCAGGGGAGGACGGAGAGCGAGGGCAGGCCGAGCAGGAGGGGAGCAGCACACAGACCAGCAGGAGUUGUUAUCAGGGGGAGUGUUGACGUCUGACCGAAGAUGAGUACGUACACGGUGGCUCUGAAUGGCCCUGCUCCAUGGGGCUUCAGACUACAGGGGGGCAAGGACUUCAACAUGCCGCUCACCAUCUCCAGGAUAACUCCAGGCAGCAAGGCGGCGGGCGGCAGCCUGGCCCAGGGCGACAUCAUCUCAUCCAUUGACGGGGUUAGCACUGAUGGGAUGACGCACCUGGAGGCCCAGAACAAGAUCAAGGCGGCCACCAACACACUGUCCCUGACCAUGCAGAAAUCAAGACGCCCUGCACCAGUUCCCACAGCAACUCCAAGAAUGGACUCACCCAUGCCAGUCAUCCCCCACCAGAAGGUUAUCGCAAACACAGCUGGAAAUGUGGAGUACACUCCCAGCUUCAACCCCAUAGCUCUGAAAGACUCGGCCCUGUCCACCCACAAGCCCAUUGAGGUGAGGGGUCCGGGCGGAAAGGCCACCAUCGUUCACGCCCAGUACAACACACCAAUCAGCAUGUACUCGCAGGACGCCAUCAUGGACGCCAUCGCAGGGCAGUCGCAGGCCAAGGGACACGACAGUGAGGAGGCGGGCUCCCCCUUGGCUGGGGUUCUGCCCGUCAAGGACCCUGUGGUCGACUGUGCGUCUCCCGUGUACCAGGCAGUGAUCCGGCCCGGUGAGAUGAACCAGGACAUGUCCGAAUGGGCUCGCCGCGCUGCCAACCUGCAGUCCAAGAGCUUCCGAAUCCUGGCCCACAUCACUGGCACUGAAUACCUGCAAGACCCAGAUGAAGAGGCCCUGCAGAGGUCGAGAGAGAAGUUUGAGUCCGAGGUGAAAGGGCCUCGCUUUGCCAAGCUGAAGAACUGGCACAACGGACUGUCUGCACAGAUCCUCAACGUCCAGGAGUAAAGAGGAGCGGGAGAAAAACCAGAAAGAGAGAAAGAGAAAGAGAAAGAGAGAGAGAGAGAGAGAGAGACAGAAAGGAGGACAUGGACAAAAGUACAGGAGUGAACAGGAAGAGGGGAUAGAUUACAGAGGGGGGUAAAGGAGCAGGAGGAGGAGGAGGAAGAGGAGGAAACUCCUCGGCGAUGUGAGAUAGUGUUGUAGACUACAUCAGUAGAACGUGAGAUACUAACUGUUAGUGUGAGAAUGCUCUGUGUUCAUAAGCUCAAAUGUACCUGUCCACUGCUAAGACCUGAUCUCGCAUUUGGGUUUUUCUUGGGUUCUUUGUUUCCUGUUUGUUUGGGUGCUGUCUCUCUUAAGCGAAAGGGAAAUUGUACAAAAAAUCACAAGUAUUCAAGUGAAAUUGCAGAAAUGAUGAUGUUUAUUUUACGCCCCCCCCGCCAGGUACAUAAACGGCGUACACAAAUUAAUGAGUUUGAACACUCUCAGCAUGCUUGUGAGAAGGCUCGUAAAGGACAUAUACACAUAGACAUUAAUAUAUAAAUAUGCACAGAUACAGUAUGUACAAAAAUGCACUCAAAAAAUGUACUGAUAUUAAUGUGAAUAAAUGUUUUCUUUAAACUAUAAA